AUGGGGGUCUCCGACGUCGUAGUGGAGCCCUACAAUGCCAUUUUCACAAUAGACGAAUUGCUUGAACUAAGCGACGAAACAGUUGUCUUCGACAACGAGGCAUUGCAUUACAUUUGCACACGUGUGCUAAACAUUCCGCCUGCCUACAGCGACCUUAACCAUCUGAUUUCGACAACAAUAGGCGGCAUGACCACCUGUUUCCGGUUUCCAGGACAGUUGAACUCCGAUUUGCGUAAACUGGCUGUCAACAUGAUUCCCUUUCCACGACUUCACUUCUUCGCACCCAGCUUCGUCCCACUGACUAGUCGAGGAAAUCAGGCAUACAGGGCCAUCACGGUGCCCAGUAUGGUGCAGCAGAUGUUCGAUGCCAAGAAUCUAAUGGCGGCUUGUGACCCUCGACAGGGACGCUACCUCACAUGUGCAGCAAUUUUCCGAGGCCGACUGAGCAUGGCCGAGGUCGAGGAGACGAUGAACAACACUCAGGAUAAAAAUAAUGCCUACUUUGUUGAAUGGAUACCAAACAACAUGCAGACUGCCGUCUGCGACGUUCCACCAAAGGGCAUGAAGAUGUCGGCCACCUUCUUGGGCAACACAACCUCUCUGCAAAUGGUCUUCAAGCGAGUACAGGAAGCCUAUUCAGCCAUGUUCAAACGUAGGGCUUUUGUCCACUGGUACACAGGCGAGGGCUUGGACGAAGCCGAGUUCGUUGAAACUGAGUCCAAUGUCCUCGAUCUGAUUACUGAGUAUCAGCAAUACCAAGACGCAAGAGUUGAUAUAUAA